AUGUGCCAACGUCCGUCAGCUGCCGUUGCUGUCUCCGAGUCGAAGGCCGAUCUACGAGCCGUAGGCCCAUUUCACCACUGCCAACCAGAUCGAUUGCCGUUACGCAGCGUUGACUGUGCCAGCGGUCUAAACGGUUUAAAGCCCCUUACGGCGGUCACGCCAGUCACACACUCGCUUGAUCUGCCGAUCUGUGCGCGUCGGUGUACCAACAGCCCAGUCUGCUCUCGCGAACGACAGUGCUUGCGACAGAUACGACGCAGCCAUGUCACCUGCUUGCCGCGUGAAGCGCCGUCUGCAAGCUUCGCCUCGGCAGCGUCUCAUGAGGCCUUCAAGCUGCAAGCCUGUCAGUGCCACUUCUGUUCAGGGGGAGCGCGUCCAGAUGGACACGCUGGCUGCAGGCCUGCUGCUUCGUCUUCCCAAUGCCCCGAAUGGAAUGACAGCACCAAGGUGCCGGCUACCUUUGACAAGUUCUGCACAAAAGAGGCGCACAAAAGGGAACGUGCUUUUUCUAAGGCACCUAGGAAGACAGGACGGGGUGCGGAUGCUCUGGUGAAGAUGGACCCAAAGGGAGAAGCGACCAAAUCACGUGCGCCCUGCGGGUCGGCCCCCCUCGAGCUCCCGGACUUCUUUCCUCUUCAAGAAAGGAUGCUUCUCUCCUGACUGUUCUGACCCCAGUAAUUUUCAGUGUUGGGCUAAAAAAAAAAAUCCUCGCGUGUUGUAGCAGCCACCUCGUGGCGCAAUCCUUUUAAUUGACAUCCGCAUGCUUACGUGUUUUUAAUAGUCAUUUUAAGAGAAAUGUGAUUUUAUACCCGAUACUUACCUGAUUUUACCUAUGUUUUUACUUGCCCGAUGCCUAUACCUGAUUUUACACAUGUUGACGACGCCUAUUUAAUUUCUUCGGGUUUUAUUGUAAUAAGAGUCGUGAGGUGGCGGUAAAUGUUACCUAGCGUGCAGCACUCCUGUUUGCGAGCGUGCCGCACGCAAUGAUUCCAGUCCUGGGUAUGUGGCGGACAGGAACUUUUGACCAUAUUAAUGCCAGUAGAUAAUCUCUUGAUGUGCAUGUUGCUCUACUCGUGGGUGCAGCGCGGCAAAGAUGCAUGUCAUCGUCUCCUGGCGUUGUUUAGAGCUAAUAUAGCAAGAAACCUUGCAUAGAAUACAAUGACUUGAUGAGGCUUCAGUAUGUGUCUUCCUUUCGGGCCUUUGUGGUGUGAUGCGAACUCUUUGCCGAUGUCUAAGCCUCCGACAAACGCUGUUCUGCUAGCCUUUUAAGUAGAGCUGAAGAAUGCUACGUACAACAUUCUUAUGGCAUAUUUUAAGAAUUGCUCUAGGUAGGCUGCGAUCGGUUUCCUUCCAGAAGUCAGCCGUGCUAAUUUUUCCAUACUGGGCUCUUAGUGUGGCUCAUACGCUACCUCGUGUAAACGCAAACAGAAACCGUACCACUGAUCAGAAAAACAUCUGUUGAAUACUGCAGUGGUCAGCAUUUUCUGCUUGUCAAUUGCCUUACCGCCCAUGUGCUCCACUCUUGUGACAAUAUGAACGUGCUUCUAACAUUAUAACUGAAGUUUGACAUCUCAUGUUUGACUGACAUUCCCAAUGUGUAACUCGGGAAGUAAGCGUGGCAUUCGUGAUCGACUUGGAUCCUUUGAGAUUUGUGCUUACCAUGUGUCAUAUAUAUGUAACCGCCUAUGCAAUUGCUUUGGCAUAAACGCAAGUUAUUGCGAA